CUCAAUAGAAUUAGUGCCUUAUCUACAGUUAUUUUUUUAAAAUUAUAACAGUUUUUAUCUUCCAAUAGUAGUAUUUCAGAUUAAAACACGAUUAGGUCAUUGGUUACUCUGUAUAGAAACAAUGAAUCAGGCAAUCACGUGGGGAAUUUAGAUAUAAAAUCGAAAUCGUUUCUGUUGUAGAAUACAUUAGACAACUUCAAAAAGAAAUUGUAACAUGUCGACUAUAUACGAGAAAGUACUAGAAAGUGAACGUAUAGCGAAUACCCUAAACAAUGAAGAUAUAGAGGAAGCAAUACAAAAAAUUAGGGAUAUUUACAAGAACAUUCGUAAUACAAGAUGUCUACCUGCCAUCAAUUACAAUGAACCACGAUUCAGAUGCGCUUACGUCUAUUACUUUGCAGGUUGUCACACUUCGUCCCUCGUGAGCGAGUUGUCCAAAUUCAGUUACCAACAUAAUAAUAAAUACCAAGAGAUGAUGCUGUAUUGUAGAUCUUCUCUGAAAGUUUGCAGUUUGGGUGGAGGACCCGGUUGUGAUUUGGUUGCUUUGCUGUACACUAGAUAUUUUUAUGGUGGUACCGUCUACACCAGAGAGAUACGUUGUAUAGUGGUAGAUCUGUUCGGCGGUUGGGGGGAAUCACUGGAACACGUACGUCAGAGCUUCCUGAAUACCAUAGGAAGUGUGUAUCAGAAAAUGAAGGUCUUCGAAUUUAAUCUUCUUGAAGCUAACCUAUGCGAUCCGCAGGUUGAACCGGGUGUGAAGAAAGCUAUAAGAGAGGCGCACAUCAUAACUAUGGUUAAAUUUGUGUCCAUAAUCCCCUCCAAGAAGUACGAAAAUAUGAAAUGUUUAAAGAGAAUAUUUACUUUUAUGAAGAGAAAAGCAUUUAUAAUUUACUUGGAUAAUCUUCAAGGUGAUUUAUAUGAUAAAGUUGUGGAGGAAGCUGAAAAUUGUGGACUGAAUAUGAUAUGGAGAUCCCAGAGUUACAGAAGUCCUGAGGAGGAGAAAAGUGUAUUUAGCAGCAACACUCUGAAGGUGAAAGCUUUGAAGCAAACGGCGAUCGACGUAGUUGUGUGGCAGAAGAAAGUACAUCACCCGAAACCUGUUGAAGAUUAAUGGAUUAUUUAAAGCAAGAGUAAAAGUAACUUUUUAAAUAUCCUUGAAGGGUGUCCCAAAUGUUAGUUCACCGUUAAAAAACCUUGAAAUUUUUUAUCUUUAUCAAAUACUUACAGACCUUAAGUAGUACAAGCUCAAUAAUUUUUGUCACUAAGCUCAAAGUUCAACAUGGUAAACUGACUUUUGGACACCUGUAUAAGCUGAACACCAAUUAUCUUUAAACUAGCAAACUUAACACUUAUACUAUGAAGAAAUAAAAGCUAAAUAUUGUAAUUAUAUGUGAAUAUUUCGUGUUAGAAAGUAGACAGACACUUGAUUUAUCGACAUAAAACUAGAACAACAAAAUACAACGUCAUUCUCCACCCCACAACAGCAAAUUUAUUGCAUACUUAUCAGUUUUGCAUGCUCACUUAUGAGCUUCGACAUGAAAAUUUUCAUGGUAUAAAUCGGUUUUGUUUUUAAUUAAGGGGUACUUUCCUCUUGUAAAUGAAACCUAACACGUCAAACACCCACCUUCUCUUCCAUUUUAUAAAUCCACACUCAAGUAGAGGGUUAUUUACUACCUGACAUUAUGAAUGUUUUAUA